AUGUCACACACCGUCAACUGCUGCUGUGGUCAUUGUAUUGUAUCAGACAGUUUAGUGACAGUGGCGUCGUGUUCCGGUGCCACCCACCCCAGACAACAUCCGUCCAUACAUACACAAUAUACCUCUACACACGACAUACUCAUCCUGAACAUCCAGGACACAACACAGACCAAGGCAACCAUCCUUGGGUCACAUAGUACCAACAUCUCCCCAACAGAUACCUCUACACACGACAUACUCAUCCUGAACAUCCAGGACACAACACAGACCAAGGCAACCAUCCUUGGGUCACAUAGUACCAACAUCUCCCCAACAGAUACCUCUACACACGACAUACUCAUCCUGAACAUCCAGGACACACCACAGACCAAGGCAACCAUCCUUGGGUCACAUAGUACCAACAUCUCCCCAACAGAUACCUCUACACACGACAUACUCAUCCUGAACAUCCAGGACACAACACAGACCAAGGCAACCAUCCUUGGGUCACACAGUACCAACAUCUCCCCAACAGAUACCUCUACACACGACAUACUCAUCCUGAACAUCCAGGACACACCACAGACCAAGGCAACCAUCCUUGGGUCACAUAGUACCAACAUCUCCCCAACAGAUACCUCUACACACGACAUACUCAUCCUGAACAUCCAGGACACGACACAGACCAAGGCAACCAUCCUUGGGUCACACAGUACCAACAUCUCCCCAACAGAUACCUCUACACACGACAUCCUCAUCCUGAACAUCCAGGACACACCACAGACCAAGGCAACCAUCCUUGGGUCACAUAGUACCAACAUCUCCCCAACAGAUACCUCUACACACGACAUACUCAUCCUGAACAUCCAGGACACAACACAGACCAAGGCAACCAUCCUUGGGUCACAUAGUACCAACAUCUCCCCAACAGAUACCUCUACACACGACAUCCUCAUCCUGAACAUCCAGGACACAGCACAGACCAAGGCAACCAUUCUUGGGUCACAUAGUACCAACAUCUCCCCAACAGAUACCUCUACACACGACAUACUCAUCCUGAACAUCCAGGACACACCACAGACCAAGGCAACCAUUCUUGGGUCACAUAGUACCAACAUCUCCCCAACAGAUACUUCUACACACGACAUCCUCAUCCUGAACAUCCAGUACACAACACAGACCAAGGCAACCAUCCUUGGGUCACACAUUACCAAAAUAUCCCUACCUGAAUAUAUGUUAACGCUUCCAACUAAAUUAAAUCCAUUUAUCCGACCAAUACUCUAG